UUCCUGGGAUAACCUGAAUGUCUACCAGUUGAAGGAUUCAGGUUUACAAAUGCUGAACCUUGGACCUGUCACAUGGGAACAGGCUUGCUCCACUAGAAGCAAGAUGGCUGAACUCAAUACUCACGUGAAUGUCAAGGAAAAGAUCUAUGCAGUUAGAUCAGUGGUUCCCAACAAAAGCAAUAAUGAAAUAGUGCUGGUGCUACAACAGUUUGAUUUUAAUGUGGAUAAAGCUGUCCAAGCCUUUGUAGAUGGGAGUGCAAUUCAAGUUCUAAAAGAAUGGAAUAUGACAGGAAAAAAGAAGAACAAUAAAAGGAAAAGAAGCAAAUCCAAGCAGCAUCAAAACAACAAGGAUGCCAAGGACAAGGCAGAGAGGCCGGAAGCAGGGGCCCUGCAGCCACAGCCCCCUCAGCUACAGAAUGGCCACCUGAACGGCUGUGAGAAGGACAGCUCAUCCACUGAUUCUGCCAGCGAGAAACCUGCCCUUGUUCCUCGGGAGAAGAAGAUCUCCAUCCUCGAGGAACCUUCAAAGGUCCUUCGAGGGGUCACAGAAGGCAACAGACUACUCCAACAGAAACUAUCCCUAGAUGGCAACCCUAAACCUAUAUACGGAACAGCAGAGAGGUCAGAUGGCCUACAGUGGUCAGCUGAGCAGCCUUGUAACCCAAGCAAGCCUAAGGCCAAAACAUCUCCUGUUAAGUCCAAUGCCCCUACAGCUCAUCUUGAAAUAAAGCCAGAUGAGUUGGCAAAGAAAAGAGGCCCAAAUAUUGAGAAAUCAGUGAAGGAUUUACAACGCUGCACCGUUUCUCUAACAAGAUACCGUGUUAUGAUCAAAGAGGAAGUGGACAGUUCCGUGAAGAAGAUCAAAGCUGCCUUUGCUGAGUUACACAACUGCAUCAUUGAUAAAGAAGUGUCACUAAUGGCAGAGAUGGAUAAAGUUAAAGAAGAAGCCAUGGAAAUCCUGACUGCUCGUCAGAAGAAAGCAGAAGAACUAAAGAGACUUGCUGAUCUAGCCAGUCAGAUGGCAGAGAUGCAGCUGGCCGAACUCAGGGCAGAAAUUAAGCACUUUGUCAGCGAGCGUAAAUACGAUGAAGAGCUGGGGAAAGCUGCCCGGUUCUCCUGUGACAUCGAACAGCUGAAGGCCCAAAUCAUGCUUUGCGGAGAAAUUACCCACCCAAAGAAUAACUACUCCUCAAGGACCCCCUGCGCCUCCCUGCUGCCUCUGCUGAAUGCACACCCAGUGUCCUCUGGAAAACAGAGCAACUUUCCCCGAAAAUCGUCCAAUCACAACAAGCCCUCCGAGGGCAAAGCAGCAAACCCAAAAAUGGCUAGCAGUCUCCCCAGCACGGCCGAGCCCUCUCACCAGCCCGCACCAGCUAACAAGCAGAAUGGGUCUUCCAGCCAAAGACGAAGAUUUAAUCCCCAAUAUCAUAACAACAGGCCAAACGGGCCUGCCAAGUCCCAGAGUGGCGGGAAUGAUGUGGAUUCCAUGACCAAGGGCACCAGCAGGCACGAACACCGGCGACAGCUGCACACCGGCUUCCGUCCCAAAAACAAAGGCGGCGCCAAAAACCAGGAGGCUCCCUUGGGGACAAAGGCCCCAGAGACCCCAGGCCAUCCUGAAAAGCCACGGCGGAGACAGCACCCCGCAGACAGCUCGGAGGCCCGGCCUUUCCGGGGAAACGUCGGGAGGGUUUCGCAGUGCAACCUCUGCCCCACAAGAAUAGAAGUCUCCUCCGACACCACGGUUCUCGCCGUGCCAGCCGUGACGCUGGUGGCCUGAGGCCGGAGAACAAAGAGCAGUUUCCACUCCAUUUUGGUUCCCUGCCCGAGGUGCUGACCCAAUUCGCUGCCAAAAGAGAGUCCGUCGGAAUAUACAGACCCUGUGUGGUGGUGUCAUCCUCUCAUACUCAUUUUUACUAAUUCUAAAUAAUCAGCUCUAGCUUGCUUCAUAACCUUCAUGGCUUUGCUUGAUCUGUUGAUGCUUUUUCUCAUGGAGACUUUGCAGCAUUUUAGCCAGGCAGUAUUUACUCCUUUGUUAGGAAAAAUCAAGGUGUGGUUCAAGAUCAGAGGCUCAGGUGGCAGUCCGUGUUGUACCAGGAUGUCAGUCCGUUGAUCGUUGUUAGCGAGUUCACGUUGAAAACAAUAUUCCUGACGAUCAGACAAACAUGAUCUGCUGAAGACACAUGCGCUUUUGUAGAAUUUAACAUCUGGUGUUUUUCUGAAAAAAAGUAUAUAUAUACAUAUAUUGCUUUAUUUGAAACAAAUUAAAAUAUGCUGCAUUUGA